AUGGGAAUUUGUGAAAGUAAAUCACGACGAAAGGAAACAAAAUAAUCUGUGAUAAGAAGAUUUUCUAAAUUGAACAUUCAUCAGUUUUAUAGAUUUACACAAAUAUUGGGUAGUGGGUCUUUUGGAACAGUAAAGCUUGCUUUCAGUUUGGAAUAAGAAAGAAAUGGUCUUUAAUCAAAAUGUUAUGCAGUAAAAUCAAUAGAUAAAGUAAAAAAAUGAUAAAUAAUUAUAGCGUCGUAUAGGUUAAAGAUUACAUUUGAUUUAAAGAGAAUUAGAGAUUCUUAUUUAAUUAGAUCAUCCAAACAUUAUAAGAGUGUAUGAAACGUAUGAAGAUAUGAGAUAUUAUCAUUUUGUGAUGGAAUAUUGUAGAGGAGGAGAGUUAUUCGAAAGGAUAGUAAGAAAAGGAGUAUUUUCAGAAAGGAAGUGUUGUAUAUUGAUGAAAUAAUUAUUUUCAGCUGUUCAUUAUAUACAUGAAUAAGGAGUAACUCACAGAGAUUUAAAACCUGAAAAUUUAAUGUUAGCAUCUCCUGAUGAUGAUUUUGAUAUCAGAAUAAUUGAUUUUGGUUUAAGUAAGAAAUAUCCACCUCCUUAAUCUCCAAAUAAAGGUAGAUCUUAAGUUAGAACAUAAACUAAAGUAGGAACUCCUAUUUAUGUUGCUCCAGAAGUUUUAUAAGCGAAAUAUUCCUAAACUUGUGAUGAAUGGUCAUUAGGAUGUAUUAUGUAUGUUUUACUUUCUGGUGAACCUCCUUUCUUUAGUAAUAAUCUUAAAGUUCUAGAAGAAUAGAUUUAAAAUAAAGAUAUUUAGUUUAAUCAAAACUCUUGGCUAAAUAUCUCAAAUGAAGCAAAAAUGCUUGUUACUAGAUUACUUGAAAAAAAUCCAAAAAAACGCAUAACAUGUGCUUAAGCAUUAUCUAGUUCUUGGAUUAUCAAUUAAAUUUCUGCACCUCCAAGUAGAAUGGAAUCCAUAUCAAAUAAUGAAUAAGAAAAUGAAAAAGCUAUUUAAUUACUUAAAACUUAUGGAAAUAUAUCUAAAUUAAAAAAAGAAACUCUUAAUAUUUUGUUAAAUUAACUAAAUGAAAUUUAAAUUUAAUCUCUUAGAUUAUAAUUUGAAGAAUUCGAUAAAGAUAAUAGUGGAACUAUCUCUGUUAAAGAAAUGACUUAAAUUAUGAAAAAAAUUGGAUUAAAUGAUACUGAAAAAGAAAUAUAAGAAUUAAUAAAGAAAUUUAAAUUAUCUAAAAAAAAUGAAAACACAUCUUAUGUUGAUUAAACUAUUCAUUAUUCUGAAUUUAUGAUGGCCUUAUUAAAUUAAUAACAAUAUUUAAAUGAAGAAAGAUUAUGGGGUUUAUUUAAAUAAUUUGAUUUAGAUAACAAAAAUUAUAUCACUAGUAAUGAUGUUAGAAGAGCUUUCGAAAGAAGAGGCAAAUAAUUAUCAACAGUUAAAGUAGAUACUAUGUUUAACGAAAUAAGUUUAAAUAGCUAAGAUAAAAUUGACUUUUAAAGAUUUCAUGAUAUGAUGUUAGCAGAUUCUAUCAAAACUUAAGAUGAAGAAAUUUAAAUAUCAAAUAUAAGUAAAAUUUUUAAUAAUAAUACCUAAAAUUUGCCUUAUUUAAAUUAACCUAAUGGAGACUUCAAUUUUGAUAUUUGA